CCUAAUGAUAAGAGGCGGCUUCCAACUAACUGCAAAGGGGCUCCGCGAGCCAGGAACGCGACAUUUGUUUCGGCCUCGCCGUCCGCUCUCUCCGGUCAAGCGGAAAGGCGGCACCUCCUCCUCUCUCGCAGAUCAGCUGACGAGGAUCAUCAGCUUGGGAGGCCUGAAGCGAAUGGGGAGGAUCGGCCAUGGCCGGGCAGCAGGAGCAGGAAGGGGGACUUCGAAAGGCGCUCGAGAAUUACCUGCAGGGCUUGGGCAUCCAAGCGCUCAGCCUGGAACACCCCCAAGUGUUCACAGUUGAAGAAAUGAUGCCUUAUGUCCAGCAAUUGAAAGGAGCUCACAGCAAAAAUCUUUUCCUUAAAGAUAAGAAGAAAAAAGGAUUCUGGUUGGUGACAGUUCUUCAUGACAGGCAAAUCAGUUUAAAUGACUUGGCGAAGAAACUGGGCGUUGGCAGUGGGAAUCUGCGUUUUGCAGAUGAAGCGGCCAUGCUGGAUAAGCUGAAAGUUGGUCAGGGAUGUGUGACCCCCUUAGCUCUUUUUUGUGACCAGGGGGAUGUGAAGUUUGUGUUGGAUGCUGGCUUUCUGGAAGGAGGCCAUGAUAGGUUGUAUUUUCACCCAAUGACAAAUGCAGCAACCAUGGGACUACAUCCAGAUGAUUUCCUAAGAUUUCUCAAGUCCACAGGACAUGAACCUAUACUUGUACAUUUUGAUGAAAGUGACAAGUAGCUUUACAACACCAUUUGUAAUGUGAAAAUUUGAAA